AACUUUGUGAUAUGAGUUCCAACAUGGCAGAAAACACUGGAUCUACAAAGAACGAUGAAGUUAGGAGAAACUUAUUCGACUGUGCUAUGCAAGGCAAGUGGGAUGAAGCGAUGAAACUAUACAAGCAACACCUCUGGCUCCGUUCUGAAAAGAUCACCAAAGACGGCGACACAGCACUGCACAUAGCUGUCCGGGAUCGCCAAGAAUGGGUUGUUGGAGAAAUGGUUAAGCUUGUUACUACUCCUGAACAAAAUGAGGGUGUUCUAAAAUCACAAAACGACAAAAAGAACACCCCUCUCCAUUUGGCAGCAUUGAUAGGUAAUGUUUCAAUGUGCGAAUGCUUCACUAAGGAGCACAAUGAUCUGGUAGGUAUUUGUAAUGAAGAUGGGGAAAACCCCCUCUUCUUGGCAGCUCGCUAUGGUAAGAUAAAGGCUUUCAAUUGCCUCCUACCUAAAGCUUUGGAAUUAAGUGUUGCCUCCAAAACCGACCAUAUCCACUGUAGGAACAAAAAAGGUGAAACAAUUCUUCAUUGUGCCAUUCAUGAAGGACACUUCAAAUUGGCAUUUCUGAUAAUUGAAAGAUAUGAAGAUCUCUGUAACAAAUAUGACGAGAAAGGAGUCAGCCCUCUCCAUCUCCUGGCAAAUCAGCCUACUGCAUUCAGAAGUGGAACUUACCUCGGCCUGAUUGACAAAAUCAUUUAUCAUUGUAUAUUUGUCCUUCCACCGGGUUUUGGAGAUGCAGAGAAAUCCAACGAUCCAGCAGAGAGGCAAACACUUGUGAAAUUGUUGCCAGUGCUUUGGAACAACAUCAAAGGACUGCUUUUCCUUAUACUCACAUUUAUCAAAAUAUGCAUUAACCCUUCAGGUGGAGAAAAAGCAGAAAACGCUAGGACGGCCUUGGAUGAGGAGAGGCCUGCACAGGUGAUCCCUCAACAAAGGCCGGCUUCGACCCCUGAUCAAGGUGCUCAUGAGCACAGUAAAGAGGAUGAAAAAAAGGUGGGGUUGAGUCAACGUCCAGAUAAUCUACGUGAUUUUCCAGUGAACUAUGAUACUUGCUUCAACUUCAUCAGGCUUCUAAUCCAAGCAAUUCUCCUAUCCUUGGGAAUAGGGCGAAGUUAUAUAAAAAAGAUACAGAAGAAGAAAGAGAAGAACGUUUUUUCUGCUAAGAUCUUGGAGAAACUACUUGACAAAGGUAAAGGCAAUUGGUAUGAUAGCAAUGGAAAAGAUCCCCUAUACAAGGACAGAACAAUCCUUUACGAGAAGGAAAAAUUGGGGGACACUGGACCGUCGGGUUUGCCACUUAAUAUACCUGAUAUGCACACUGAAAGCCCCAAAGAAGGCACAAGCGAAGAUGGGUUUGGUAAGGCCAUGCCCAAACUACUCGACGAAGCUCAAAGAUUAGGUGACCUCAUAUGCAAGCUAUUUGAGCAAGAAACUCAAACAAAUAGAUCACCUAUAGUAAGCGACAAGAGCCAGAAGAAGGUCAUGCCCAAACUACUCGAAGAAGCUCAAAGAUUAGGUGGCCUCAUAUACAAGCUAUUUGAGCAAGAAGCUCAAACAAAUAGAUCACCUACAGUAAAUGACAAGAGCCAGAAAUGUCUCGAGGAGGAUUCAAAUUGGUCCCCAAUGGAAACGAUGUGUAAAGCCAUCAACCAAGCAGCGAAAAAAUUGGGUGAUGAGCUUCUUUCAGAUAUUGAGAAUAAAAAUGAAGAGAAGGGAGAAUUGUGGACACCCAUAUUAAUUGCAGCAAAGAAUGGUAUCAAGGAAAUGGUGGAGAGCAUCCUUAUCUGUUAUCCCAUGGCCAUCCAUGACGUGAGCCCAGAGAAGAAGAAUGCAGUACUAUUGGCCGUGGAGAACAGGCAUCCCCAUGUGUAUAAGGUUUUACUGAAGAGAGCGAAUAACAUGACCGAUAGUGUAUUUGGUGCAGUGGAUAAUAAUGGGAAUAGUGCGUUGCAUAUCGCUGCAAUGUUUACUGAUCAUAAGCCUUGGCUUACUCCUGGUGCUGCAUUGCAAAUGCAGUGGGAAGUCAAGUGGUUCGAGUAUGUGAAGAAGUCCAUGCGAUCAAAUUUCUUCCCCGUCCUCAACAACGAUAAAGAGUCCUCACAGCAGAUUUUCACAGAUAAGCACAAAGAUCUGGUUAAAAAGGGUGGCAAAUGGCUAAACGAUACAGCCACUGCAUGCUCUGUAGUGUCCACACUCAUUGCGACUGUCGCCUUCGCCACAUCAACGACUUUACCUGGUGGCAACAAGGACACUGGAAUACCCGCUCUAGAGAUGAAGCCUGCAUUUCAUCUCUUUGCAAUUUCAUCGCUCGUUGCUCUUUGCUCUUCAAUCACCUCCACUAUCAUGUUUCUUGCCAUCCUCACAUCCAGGAAUCAAGAAAAAGACUUUGCCAGGUACCUGCCCGGAAAGCUUUUGGUUGGAUUAACAACUCUUUUUGUGUCCAUAUUGGCAGUUUUGGUCUCCUUCUGCUCUGCCCACUUCUUUGUGCUCCAAAAAGAUCUCAGAAUGUAUGCACUUCCAAUAUAUGUAGCAACGUGCUUGCCAGUAACUCUUUUUGCCAUAGCCCAGCUUCCAUUAUACGUUGAUCUCAUAUGGGUUACUUUCAGCAAAGUGCCUCAGCCUCCUUUGGAGGACAAUGCCUAGGGUUGUGGCGUGAUUUUGCCUUUGACUUUUAAGCUUGAUGGCGAUGUUUAUUUAUUUAUAUGUUUGUUUAUUUCACCUAGUUUCUAAUGUUCUUUUUUGGUUUGGUCUCUGGUUUUUCUUUGUUAUCUUUUUAUCUUCUUUUUGUUUUGUAUGUUUUUAUUGUUUGUUUUCUUACUUGUGAAACAUCUGAUGGGAGAUUUAAGAUCCCUAAUGUCUGGCUUUCUGCAUUGAGAUUUUAUAAGUGAAGUUGAUAUUCUUCUCUAUUCCCCUUUA